UUUGCUUGAUCAAGUCUAACGAAAGUCCCAUUGUACGUCCAAGGUAUAAACAUACACUUAAAUUGUGUUUAUAUAUAUAUAUAUAACAAUCCUAUGAUUGUUGCAACAUGCAGCAUUGCAUUAAGGUAGAACACCUCAAGAACAUCACCCAUUUUCCUUCUGUUGAAUCAGAUAUUAUCAACCAUCCAUGGCACAAAGGAGUAAAUCAUUUCGCUUUAGGAUCCCAUGGCUAUCAGUACCUUCUGAAUCAUUCGCUCGUCGUGUGAGAGAUACACCAAAAUCUCCUCCUCACUCAGACACUAGUGUACCUAUUCAUAGACCAUCUAAGCCUUCUUUGGUGCCACCUUCAGAACCAUCUCCUCCUAGUCCUACAAAAACUGAAAAACCCUCAAGAGCUGAACCUCAAAAUCUUUCACCACCUUCAUCUCAUGCAGAUUCACCAUCUAAGUCCCACAUCGCUCCCUCAUCCCCCAAAACUAGUUUGGCCUCAAAUAAUGGAGCCUUGAAAGUGCCAAAGCCUGUUGCUGAAGCAUCAUCCACUCCUCCCGCAUCAUCUUCCUCCGAAGAAGAAAAGAAAAAGAUGAUCUUUUCUGAACCAACACCACAAGAAGCUGAGCCGAAGGUAGAAGCACCAUUGAGAACAAUCUCCAAGUCACCAGAAACAUCUUUUCAACCACAGAGGAUCUCAACUCAGUCUGCAGACACCGAACAACAAGUUUCUUCUGUGCCCUAUUCAUCUCCUUUGGCCUCAAAGGACGUGAAAACUGAAGAAACCACUCCUCAAGAAGAAAAGGAGAAGAUGGAAGAGCCAGUUCCAGAACAAGAAAAACCAAAGAUAAAGUCACCUUUGAAAACCAUCACCAAGUCAUUGGAGACCUCUUCUCAACCAGAGAAUCUCUCCACACAGCUUCCAGCAAUUGAGCAAAGAUCAACAACAUCAAAUAGCAAGUCCCUUAAACCUGAAGAAAAGGAAAAAGUGGUGCCAGAAACCUCUAAGGCACGAGGAAAAGGCAAAGAUACAACAGCAACUACAACAACAACAGCAAAAGCUAAAGAUUCAUUUGGCAAGACGUUUCGUGGAGAUAAGAAGCAUCAUGGAGUACGAGAAACUGUGGAGAGAAAACUGAUGUUUGCCACAACCAACCCCAUCGAGAAAGACACAAGAGUUGUGAAUUCAACAGAUGAAGGAACAAGGAACGUUUCAAGCUCAAGCAUAUUUUCUGAAAAAACUGUCUCAUCCAGUGCUGAAAAGGCUCCUCCACUGCAAAAGGGCAUCAAAGAUGAUAUCACAAAGUUUGUACACAAACUAACAGCCACUGUGCACCCUUCACAACACACGGAUGACAAACAGUUUAGUGUCAUAACCUUGGUUGGUGACAAUAGAGGAGCCACAAUGCACUUAGGUUCUGAGACAGCUAAGAAAGAGGAUUCAAUCCACAUACACCGAGCCUACAAGAGUGAUCCUGAAGAGACCAACGAGGUGACCACUGAUGGAGAAGAAAACACCAAUGAAGAUGAAGAAGAAGAAGAAGAAGAAGAGCUGGGGAUGGCAUAUGUCAACAGCAACAUACAAAGCAUCAAUAACUCACUCAUGUUUCAUGGUUCAAUCUCUGAAAGAGACCCUGGUGUUCAAAUUGCUCUUCCACAAAAGCCCUCCGAGCCCAUCAGGCCCCAUGAUAAGCCUAAGCCGGGCUUGGAAACUCAGAGGACUCAGUUCAACAUCAACCGGGCCGAGAAGUCCACGUACCAGCCCACGGUUGGAAGAAGCAUCAGAGGGCCUUCCCUCGAAUCACAUGAUAAACGUCGCCGUCAAAGUUGCAAGUUCAGUUGUGACAAGGAUAUUGAAGACAUUGAGAUAAUGUGAAGAAGAAACAAGCACAUGUAUCCCUUCAAAAAUCCAAAAUAGACUGUGUAGUGGAAUUACAAACACUCUUAGUAACAACAAUAAGUGUUAACAACAUCCACAUUAUGUAAUUUAUCAUAUAUCAUGUCAUUUUUAUGUUAUGCUCUGUGAUA